UGUUCCGUUUGGUCUUCUUUUCGGAAAGAUUGAAAAGAAAUUUUCAGACAGCCAUUUCCAGUUCCCCUGUCCAAGGUACAAAGCUCGACACUAUGCCUAACCUCGAGGGUUCUCACAAUGGAAACGUAAAAAAUCAAGACUCCAGCGCAUCGUCGCUCUUCGAAAUCGGGGAAUCGGAUUUAUGUAGGCUAUUGGAGAGGCCGAGGCACGUCAACAUCGAGAGGAAGAGAUCGUUCGACGAGCGAUCCUUUAGCGAGCUGUCGAUCACGUCCCCGCCCCGCCAAUUCUACAAAAAUAGCGAGAACUCGUCCCGUGUAUUCGAUAAUUUCGGGAGCAUGUCCGGGCGGAGCACUCCGAGAUCGUUUACUUGCGUUGAAGCGCAUCCGAUCGUCGCCGAGGCUUGGGUGGCCUUGCAACGAUCCAUCGUGAGCUUUCGCGGACAGCCCGUCGGGACCAUUGCUGCGCUCGAUCACUCCACCGAGGAACUCAACUACGAUCAGGUGUUUGUCCGGGACUUCGUCCCGAGCGCGCUCGCGUUCCUGAUGAACGGAGAGCCUGAAAUCGUCAAGAAUUUCCUCCUCAAGACUCUCCGGCUGCAGUCAUGGGAGAAAAAAGUCGAUAAUUUCACGUUGGGGGCGGGGGUGAUGCCAGCGAGUUUCAAAGUGCUUCAUGAUCCUUCGAGGAAUAGCGAGACGAUCAUUGCCGAUUUCGGCGAGUCUGCGAUCGGAAGAGUCGCGCCGGUCGACUCCGGAUUCUGGUGGAUCAUUCUGCUCCGAGCGUACACGAAGUCGACUGGAGACACGUCUUUAGCGGAAAGACCCGAAUGCCAGAGAGGCAUCAGUUUGAUCUUAACACUCUGCCUGUCAGAAGGGUUCGACACAUUCCCGACGCUUCUCUGCGCCGAUGGCUGCAGCAUGAUCGAUCGAAGAAUGGGUGUUUACGGGUACCCGAUCGAAAUCCAGGCGCUGUUCUUUAUGGCGUUACGGUGCGCAUUGCAGUUGCUGAAGCAAGACGGCGAGGGGAAGGACUGCGUCGAUCGGAUAUCGAAACGGCUGCACGCGUUGAGCUACCAUAUGCGUAGCUACUUCUGGCUCGACAUCAAACAGCUUAACGACAUUUACCGAUACAAGACGGAGGAGUACUCGCACACCGCCGUCAACAAAUUCAACGUCAUGCCGGAUUCCCUCCCCGACUGGGUGUUCGACUUCAUGCCCAAACACGGUGGGUACUUCAUCGGGAACGUCAGCCCCGCGCGGAUGGAUUUCCGGUGGUUCUGCUUGGGCAACUGCGUCGCGAUCCUGUCGUCAUUAGCGACUCCUGAACAGGCAUCGGCGAUCAUGGAUCUGAUCGAGUCGCGGUGGGACGAGCUCGUCGGGGAAAUGCCGUUGAAGAUAUGCUACCCGUCGAUGGAGAAUCACGAGUGGAGAAUCGUCACCGGGUGCGACCCGAAGAACACGAAUUGGAGUUACCACAACGGCGGUUCUUGGCCCGUUCUAUUGUGGCUGCUAACUGCGGCGUGCAUAAAGUCGGGGCGGCCGCAGCUGGCGCGGCGGGCGAUCGAGCUUGCGGAGGUGCGACUGCUGAAGGAUCAUUGGCCGGAGUAUUAUGACGGGAAGCUGGGAAGGUACGUCGGGAAGCAGGCGAGGAAGAACCAGACGUGGUCGAUCGCCGGGUACUUGGUGGCGAAGAUGAUGCUGGAGGAUCCGUCGCAUUUGGGGAUGAUAUCGCUCGAGGAAGACAAGCAGAUGAAGCCGCAGAUGAAACGGUCGGCUUCGUGGACGUGUUGACACUGACACGCCCCGUGUUGCCGAAAAUGUGGCGAUGUUUUGGUUUGUAAGGUUUUGACCCGGGCAGUGUUCUAUGAAGAAUGCCAAAGCUGCUUUGUUCGAUCUUAUUGUAAACGUCGCUUCUUUUUGUGCAUGGACUGUGUUGUAAUGUUGUUGAUGUACUUCGUUUUGGAUUUCCAUGUUUUGAAUUUUGA